UAAUCGUCUGGUCAACUUCCGGUUUCCAAUUUUCUGUUCCAGCACAUUCUAUAUGAAGUAGAAAUUUAUAAAUCCGGCAUCAUCGACAUUCAAAACUCCUCGUAUCAAUCAUGAGUGGUUCGUUAGCUUUCGACGAAUAUGGGAGACCUUUUAUCAUCAUCAGGGACCAGGAAAGGAAGUCACGAUUAACAGGAAUCGAGGCCCAUAAAUCCCACAUAAUGGCAGCAAAGUCUGUUGCUGGAGUUCUGAGAACUUCUUUGGGACCAAAAGGUUUGGACAAGCUUUUGGUGAGUCCUGAUGGAGAUAUAACUGUCACUAAUGAUGGUGCUACCAUCCUGAAACAGAUGGAUGUCCAGCAUCAAAUUGCUAAACUUAUGGUUCAGCUAUCACAGUCUCAGGAUGAUGAAAUUGGAGAUGGUACCACUGGAGUUGUUGUGUUGGCUGGAGCCCUUUUGGAACAAGCAGAAAAGCUCUUGGACAGAGGAAUUCAUCCUAUCCGAGUAGCUGAUGGUUAUGAAAUGGCUGCCACAGUUGCUUGUGAACACUUGGAGAAAAUCAGUGAAGGUUUCAAAGUUACUCCAAAAGACAGAGAGGAUCUCAUCCGUUUGGCCAUGACAACCCUUGGCUCCAAAAUUGUAAACAGAUGCCACAGACAAAUGGCAGAAAUAGCAGUAGAUGCUAUUAUGUCAGUAGCCGAUUUUGACAGAAAAGAUGUUGAUUUUGAACUUAUCAAAGUUGAGGGCAAAGUCGGUGGAAAAAUGGAGGAUACCAUGUUGAUCAAGGGUGUUAUUAUUGACAAGGAUAUGAGUCAUCCACAGAUGCCUAAAAAUAUCAAAGAUGCUAAAAUAGCUAUUUUGACAUGUCCCUUUGAACCUCCGAAACCCAAAACAAAGCAUGGGCUGGAGGUGAAAUCUGUAGAGGAUUAUAGAAAACUUAGAGAAUAUGAAUUACAGAAAUUUGAAACCAUGGUAAAACAGGUUAAGGACACGGGUGCUAAUCUGGUCAUCUGUCAGUGGGGAUUUGAUGAUGAAGCCAAUCACCUUUUACUACAGAGAAAACUACCUGCUGUGCGUUGGGUAGGAGGCCCAGAAAUAGAGUUAAUUGCAAUUGCAACUGGAGGCAGAAUUGUGCCACGGUUUGAAGAACUCACCAAAGAGAAGCUUGGAACAGCAGGCACUGUGAGGGAACUGUCAUUUGGUACCACCAAAGAAAAAAUGUUGGUCAUUGAAGACUGCAAUAACUCAAGGGCAGUGACCAUCUUCAUCAGGGGCGGUAACAAAAUGAUUGUUGAGGAAGGCAAGAGAAGUAUACAUGACGCCCUGUGUGUGAUCAGGAACCUGGUGAAGGACAGCAGGAUCGUGUAUGGAGGAGGAGCUCCAGAAAUCUCCUGUUCUCUGGCUGUCGCCGAGGCUGCCAAGAAAAUCUCUACACUAGAACAGUAUGCAAUGAAAUCCUUCUCUGAAGCAUUAGAGAGUGUUCCUUUGGCGUUAGCAGAAAAUUCUGGGUUUGCUCCAAUCCACACUCUAGCAGAUAUUAAAUCACGACAAAUCAAGGAGAAAAACCCGCGGCUAGGAAUAGAUUGUCUCAAUAAGGGGACCAAUGAUAUGAAGACACAAUCUGUGAUCGAGACACUCUCAUCCAAGCGUGCCCAGAUCCUGUUGGCUGUCCAGCUGACAAAGAUGAUCCUUAAAAUUGAUGAUGUCAGAGGAAGCGCAGAUCAGACCUCGUUUGUACAAAGAUUUGGAGGCUUCCCGUGUGUAGACAUGAAUAAAUCUUACUCUGUCACGGACUGGGCAAUGCAUGAUGGCGAUUCUGGGACGGAUUCGGACCAAAAUCGAGUGAAAAUCUGGGCAUUGAAUUUACAGGACGACGAUGAUAGCGUCCACUUUGAUCCAGAACGAGCCAAGUUGGAGAACUGGCCUCCAAAGGAUGAUGAUGACGAAGAAGAUCUGAAACAGAGGGAAGAACAGAGUGAGAGUAAAUUGUUUCUGUCGGUGGAUGAGAAGAUGAAGACAGAAGAGGAGAAAGAAGGGAUGGAGCAACCGGGCGCCGACCACGCUAGUUCACCGUCACCAUUCCCCGAGGAGAUCGGUAACCCCGCAGGCUGUGUACGGAGGACCCUGGCGCUCGUAGAGUCUCUCUCCUGACCACUGGACCAAUAUACUAUGGAAACAUUUAAAUCUACUAGGGCCAACUUUCGUGGAUUGCAACUUUCUUUUGUUGUUAAUUUUUUUCUCCUAAUUAUUAGUGAUGUAUUUUCGUCGAUUAAUUCUUAUGAAAAAUGAAUGUAGAUCUAUCUUCAUAAUUCGUUGAGGAUGUAAAUCUGUUGGUUGAUGGGUAUAGUAUACGUACGUGAAAACAGCCACCAUGAUUAUUAUGAAUAUUUAUGAUUCUAAAGUAUGACAUGUCAGGAAGUACGACAUGGCAAAGACCAAGGGAGGAGUCCAGGCAGAGCUUUAAUUUGUAAU